AUGUUGAAAAAGCCUUUUAGAUCUUUGCUUGGGAAGUACAAAUUAUCUAGUGAUAAGACGGAGGGUCUUAAAAGGGAUUUGGAUUCUGCUCAGGCUAAUAUAGAUAAGGAUCCGGUUAAUGCUGAUUUCAGAAUUCAUCAUGCCAAUAUCCUUAAAGCUUACAAUCAACUGGUUGAUGAUGAGGAAAAACUACUAGCCCAAAGAUGUAAAAUUAAUUGGUUAAGUGAUGGGGAUAGGGAUUCCAGGUUUUUCCAUAAAAUCUUGAAGAGUAACCAGAAUAAAUCCAGAAUUGUCACUGUGAUGGAUGAGGAGGGAAGAUGGAUACAUGGGAGGGAAGUGGCCAAUAAAUUUGUGGACCAUUUUUCGAAUUUUCUUGGUCAAAAUUAUCCCACGGAAAGGUUAAAUCAGGAGUCUGGAUUCUUUAGAAAUGUAUUGGAUCAGGAUAGUGUUGUGGAUAUGAUAAAGGUGGUCAGAGAUGAGGAGAUCAAACUUGCUAUGGUUGAUAUAGAUGAUAUUCGUGCCCCUGGUCCAGAUGAGUUCUCCUCUAAAUUUUAUAAAGCUGCAUGGAAUGUUAUUAGAAAUGAUAUUUGUAGAGAAACUGGAUCUCCUAGAUUUUCCCUGAAGAUUGAUUUGCAGAAGGCUUAUGACACUGUUAGUUGGGAUUUCUUGAAGCAGACUUUGAUUGGAUUUAAAUUUCACCCUUUCAUGAUUCAGUGGAUUAUGGAAUGUGUAUCCACUCCUUCGUUCACUUUGAAGAAUAUUCACAAUAUGGAUGGCUUUAGAUUCCAUAGUAGAUGCAAAGAUCUCAAUAUUACACAUCUCUGUUUUGCUAAUGAUUUGCUGGCAUCUGUGUUCAAGUUCCCGGUUUGGGUUAAUAAAGAAAUUGAGAAGAUUAUUCGGGGAUUCCUUUGGUGUAGUGGUGAGAUGAAACAAGGCAAAGCUAAGGUUAGCUGGGAACAAUUCUGCAAAUCUAAAAAAGAAGGUGGUCUUGGUAUAAAAAGCUUGAAACAAUGGAACAUUUCCCAUUUGACUAAGCAUGUUUGGAACAUUUUAGUUAAGAAGGACUCUUUAUGGGUUAAAUGGAUCCAUUUACACCACAUUAAAGGAAGAAAUGUUUGGGAUAUUUUAAGCAAACCUAAUCUGAGUUGGGGAUGGAGAAGAUUUUUGGAGAUUAGAGAGGAUCUUAGACCCUUUAUCACUUCUUGUAUUGGUAAAGGGAAUGAGACUUCUAUAUGGCAUGAUAGGUGGCACCCAAUAAGCCCUAUUAGCUCUAUUCUCUCUCGAAGAAAAAGAAUUAGCAAGGGAUUUCAUGAUGAUUCUAAGGUUGCAGAGCUCUUUGUUAAUGGUGCUAUAGUUUGGCCUGGUGAAUGCUUGAAACAAUGGAACAUUUCCCAUUUGACUAAGCAUGUUUGGAACAUUUUAGUUAAGAAGGACUCUUUAUGGGUUAAAUGGAUCCAUUUACACCACAUUAAAGGAAGAAAUGUUUGGGAUAUUUUAAGCAAACCUAAUCUGAGUUGGGGAUGGAGAAGAUUUUUGGAGAUUAGAGAGGAUCUUAGACCCUUUAUCACUUCUUGUAUUGGUAAAGGGAAUGAGACUUCUAUAUGGCAUGAUAGGUGGCACCCAAUAAGCCCUAUUAGCUCUAUUCUCUCUCGAAGACAAAGAAUUAGCAAGGGAUUUCAUGAUGAUUCUAAGGUUGCAGAGCUCUUUGUUAAUGAUGCUAUAGUUUGGCCUGGUGAAUGGUUGGACAUAUUCCCCAAUCUGUCAAUGGAUCCUAUUUGUAUGCUUAAUAAUCAGGAAAAUAACAAAUACUUUUGGGUUAAUUUGAAAGGUGCAGUGGGCAAAUUUUCAACUAAGCAGGUUUGGAGAGAUUUAUAUGGUCCUGAAAUAGGUGUUCCUUGGUAUGAUACUAUUUUGUUUAAAGACAAUAUACAUAGGAAUGCUUUUAUUCUAUGGAUGGCUAUGUUGGGAAAGUUGAAGACUCAAGAUCGGGUUAGAAAUUGGGAAAAAAUGGGGAAUCUUGAAUGUGCUUUUUGUGUUAGAGAUGGUGGGAGAAGGAGCAGAUUGUUUUGUACAGAAGAAGGAUUUGAUGUGAUUGCCUUUCUGGUGGAGAAGAUACAGCUUGGGGGUGAAGUUACAUUUUUUCCCAUCCUUAAUAAGCUCUUGGAGUGCUGUUGA